AUGGAGAACCGACCGGCUUCCGCGAAGCCCGCGACCACAGCCUCGACCCCCUCGCAGUCGUCGACGCCCGACGUCAAGUCCCCCGCGACCCGUCCCCUCUACAGCAGCAAGCUCGGCGACCAGCGAGCAAGGACAUCAGACGCGGUGCCGGCCACUUUGGCCAGCCAGCAGAACAGACAGUCUGCCCCUCCUGUCCAGCAAAAGGCCUGGACUUCGGCCAAGAACCCCAUCACCGGCCAGUCCGCCAGACCGCAGAACAACUUCAGCUCACAGGACAAGAAAUCCGUGACCAGCUCCCUUCGCGAGGGCCAACGAGUACGCAUUACCCUCGCUAACGGCUCCGAGUUCGAGGGUACUUAUGCCAACACCCAAGACCCCAACACCUGCCGCCUGACUACGGUAACGCAGAAGAAGCUGCCCAACUCGGCCGAAAUGAACGGAGCUUCUAGAAAGGAGCAAGGAACCAUGACGUUUCAGAAGAAGGAGAUCGUUGACGCGCGUCCUCUCCUGGUCAACAACCUUGGCAAAUCAGACGGCAAGCCUACCAACGGCAACCGCGCGUCCUUCCGUACUGACGCUGCCAUCUCCAACUCUCGCUUCGGAAAUGAGCGGACUCUGCACCGCUGGGUGCCCGAUUCUACCGACGGGCUUGAUGAUAGCUUGGAGAAGACCAACACUUCUGGUACCUGGGAUCAGUUUGCUGCGAAUGAGCGCCUCUUCGGUCUCAAGACCGAUUAUGAUGAGAACAUCUAUACCACGACGAUCGACAAGAGUCACCCUCAGUACAAGGAGCGGAUGGCCGCUGCGGAACGUAAGGCACGCGAGAUUGAGCGAAGCGCCCCGGUUACCGCACAUGUUGCCGAGGAGCGUGUCAUGGACUUCCAGGGCGGAGACGAUCGUGAUGAGGAAGACAAGUACAGCGGUGUUCGAAGACAAGACUUCCCUCCCCUGUCUGGUGGCCGAGAGAACAAGUACACGCCUCCUGCUCGGCGUGCUCCGGCUGCGCACUCUACCGUCAAGGGUGCUCCUGUAGACCCGGCUAUCAUCUCGUCUCAGCUGAAGGCACCCCCGCAGAAGCAAGCUGCGCAGACUGUGGCUGAUGUCAAGAGCCCCAUCCAGCAGACGAAGCCAUCGCCCGCACCUACCAGCACCACCGCGGACUCAAAGGUCGAGUCUAAGCCGGAUGUGAAGGUAGCGGAAGUCAAGGCUGUUAACGCAAAGGCUACCGAUAAGAGCGCGGCUCCGGCUCAGGCCGCGGUUAGUACUACAGCGACUGCACAGACCCUUAGCAGCAAGCAGCAGGGAAUUGAGCAAAGACUUCUAACUUCGUUCAAGGAAUUCGCGAACAUUCAACGCGGCAGUGCCUUGUCUGCCCAGAGGGCCAAGAACAAGGCAGACAAGGAGGUCAGAUUGAAUGACCUCAGAAAGUUCUAUCACGAAUUCAAGCUCUCAACCCCGGUGCCAUCUGACCUUAUUUCUAUCAUUGCCAAGGACCCAGCAAAGCAGAAGGAGAUCCAGGAGAAGGCGCUGAAGAACGCACAGGAAAUGGCCAGGAUCAAGGCUGAGCAGGCUGCUCUCAAGGCGAAGGAGGUCAAUGUCGCCAAGGAGGGUGCGAGCAAGACCACUACCGAGCAGACCAGCUCGGCAACUACUACCACGGCCGAUACCCGUACCGCGUCGCGGCCGACUGCCCCUCAGCACUCUAGUUCAGCUGGUGGUGUUCCGAGCCGCCACCAGGGUCAGCGCAACUCUUACCAGCAUCCUCAGGCGGCUUAUCACCAGCCUUACACCCGCGGGAACCGCCCGCCUCCCCAUAUGUCCCAAAGCCAGCAGACGGGCAACCUAUCUCAGCGCCUACGGAACGUGGAGCAGCACAAGAUGCAGCAUCCCCAUAUGGGACAGCAUCCUCAGGGUCCUGACAUGCGUCUCGCCCCCACUGGCCCUGCCAACAACGGAGACCCUUCCUUUGCUCGUCGCACCAGUGGUGUUCCACCGCCCACUAAGCAGUUCAACCCUCUGAUCCACGAGUUCAGACCUGGUGCCACCCCUUUCGCCCCUGCCUUUAGCCCCGCUGGACCGAGCCAAGCGUCAAGCCCCCGCGUGUCGGUUAACAACGUUGUCGAGCCUGCGGGCGCUUCGGCUCUGCCUCCUGGAAAGCUGAUCAGGCGUAAGACCAAGGAUGUAGACCCCAAGAAGUGCAAUAUCUUGGCCUUCUUGGAGAAGGAAGAGAAACCUUCCAUGCAAUCUCAUGCCGUGAGAUGGGAGGAGAACGGUGCCCUCCGUCCGGCCUACGAGACCCCCCCGACGUGGCGCCAGGCGGAUCCUCAGAACGAAAAGGCUGAUUCUACCAUGAACAUGACCUACACGGAAUACAUGGAGAGGUACCCGGUUCCGAGCACCGUCAACGCCACGCCCAACCCGUCUCAUGCACUUCCCCAGUUUCACCAUCAGCACCAGUUGCCUAUCCACAUGCAGCACGGCGCGCAGAAUCUUGCCCCGAGGCAGUCGCCUCACAUGCCUCCUAUGCCCAUGCAGCCUGGCCAGCAUGGACAUGCCCCUCAUGUCCCUUUUACAGCUCCUGACGACCACAGGAUGAUGCAUUCAAACUCCCAACAGUCGUUUGCAUCCCCUAGAAUGGGUCAUGCGGCCAUGGUCUAUCCCCAGGGAACUCCUGGUCAGUUCCAGUACAGCCAGCCGAUGAUGCAGCCCUACAUGCCUGGCGGUGCGCCCCAGAUGGGACCAUUCCGCAGCUUCUCGAACAACCCCCAGUUCAUGCCCCAGCAGCAACAUCACAUGGGCGGUCCCGUUAUGAUGCAACCGCAGUUCAUCCCGGGGCCAAAUGGCGCCUUGAUGGCGGCUGGUCCUCAGGUCCAGAUGUAUCCUGGACAUCCACAGUUUAUCCCCGCGGGUGGUGUACCCCCUCAGCCCAUGAACGGGACGAACGGUUAUCCUAGCCCCGGACGCCCAACGGCACCCAUGAUGGUGCACCAGGGCUCGCAGCAAGGACAGCCGGGUGUUUAUGGAAUGAGCCCUGCUGUUCAAUACCAGCAGCCUGCUUUUGUGGCUCAGCAACAGCCUCAGGGCAAGUUCCCUAACCAGCGGGCUCAAUGA